AUGAAGCUGAUUCAAGGAAAAGACAAACUCACCAAGAUGACGUCAAAUUCCGAAGGUAAGGCUGUUGAUCGAAAAUCGGAUCAAAAUGCGCAGAGACAAGAUGAAGGCUGGACUAAUGAGGGGACAAAGAGAUCGUUAGCUGACGGUUACACAAGAAAAGAUGCAACGAGAGUUUCGCUCUUUGCUCAAUCUUUGGACCCUAAAUUGCAGUGCAGUAGAUGA